GGCACGAAGAAGGAGCAGGGAGGCUCUUCCAGGGGCUGCCCUGCCCCGCACAGCACGGUUGAUGGACCUGGCCGCCCCGGGCAGCGGCGUCAGCUCCCUGCCGCUGCUCCUGGCCCUUGCCCUGGGUCUUGCUCUCCAUUGUGUGGUGGCAGAUGGGAACACAACCAGAGCACCUGAAACCAAUGGCUCUCUCUGUGGGACUCCUGGGGAAAACUGCACAGCUACAACCCCCAAACAGAAAUUGAAAACCCACUUUUCUCGGUGCCCCAAGCAGUAUAGGCAUUACUGCAUCCAUGGGAGAUGCCGCUUCGUGGUGGAUGAGCAAACUCCCUCCUGCAUGUGUGAGAAAGGCUACUUUGGGGCACGGUGUGAGAGAGUGGAUUUGUUUUACCUCCAGCAAGACCGAGGGCAGAUCCUGGUGAUCUGCUUGAUUGCGAUCAUGGUGGUGUUCAUCAUUUUGGUCAUCGGGGUCUGCACCUGCUGUCAUCCUCUUCGGAAACAUCGUAAAAAAAGGAAGGAAGAGAACACGGAAAAGUUGGGUAAAGAUAAAACUCCCAUAAGUGAAGAUAUUCAAGAGACCAAUAUUGCUUAAUGGUUACAAAGUUCCCACAAGCUGGCAGCGAGCUCCAAAACACCUUACUCAUUUGCAGAUGGACAGGACACGUCUCAGGAAAACAGCUAGCAGCAAUGAAUGUUUAAAUAUUGUAUUGACUUUGUUAUGUUUAUUUGUAACUUUGUGUCGCUUGUUAUUGUUUUUAUUAAUAGUUUUAUUAAGGUCUAAUGAUUGAGAAAAAGGACCUGGCUAGGUAACAACAAGAAGAAGGGACAUUUCAAAAUAAACUUUGUUGCCAGGAUUAUUAGUCAAUUAGAAGAGAAGUAGAAAAGAGGGUAGAUUUUAAGAACUGAGUCAAUAAUAAGGCUUGCCAGCUUUAUAUACUUAUCAUACGCUGAGUUUAAAAUAUAUUGUUUCUUUGAUCCCCAUUCCCAUACGUGCAAAAAUUAAAUAAUCUCAUUUAGAUUUAGAGAUUGGGGAACUGAUGGAGUCAGAACUGAGAUGGACCCAGAUUCAAAGCUGAUGCUCUUUUCAUUUUUGUUAAUUUGGGCUUCUGUAACCUAAUUCAAUAAGCAGCCCGAGAUUUCUUUAUGAAUUGUGCUUUGCCACGAUUCUGAGAUGGCAGGGCAAUUCUCCCUCAUUAACACAGGAUAUGGAGUCCUGGCUAGUGCUAGCGUCAUCAUCAUGAUUUCUGCAACGUUGACUUCUAUUGUUGUUGUUGUUAUUUCGCUUCUCCAUAAAGUCUCCGGAUAUGAGUAAUUCUUUGUAU